AUGGAGGAGCAGACUGUAGUCCUCAUCGUGGGCGCAGGCCCAGCAGGCCUUGCAACGGCAGCAUGCCUCACCCAACUCUCCAUCCCUUAUGUAAUCGUCGAGCGUGAGGAUUGCAGCGCAUCCCUGUGGCGCAACCGUGCCUAUGACCGCCUAAAGCUACACCUUGCAAAGGAGUUUUGCGAGUUGCCCCACAUGUCAUACCCGGCAGAUGCUCCAACCUACAUCCCAAAGGAUCAAUUCGUGAAGUACCUAGACAAUUACAUCGAGCGUUUCGACAUCCGGCCAAAGUACCAUACAGCCAUCGAGUCAUGCUCAUAUGAUGAAGUUAGAAAGUGUUGGUUUAGCAUGGCACGUGACGUGACAACAUCGGUGGCUGUUAGGUAUACAUCUAAGUUCCUUGUCGUGGCAAGUGGUGAGAACAGUGCAGAGAACAUUCCGAUGAUCCCUGGGCUGCAAAGCUUUGCUGGAGAGGUUAUCCACUCAUCAAGAUACAAAUCAGGUUCCUCCUACUCAGGAAAGAAUGUACUGGUGGUAGGGUGUGGCAACUCUGGAAUGGAGAUCGCCUAUGACCUUGCGUCUCAUGGUGCCAACACAUCCAUUGUUAUUCGCAGCCCAGUACAUGUAGUGACAAAAGAAAUAAUACGGCUGGGCAUGACUUUGGUCCAACAUACACCAGUGAAUAUUGUAGAUGAUUUUCUCGUAAGAAUGUCAAAUUUUGUGUUUGAUGACCUGUCAAGGCAUGGCAUUGUGAGGCCAAAACUAGGUCCUCUCCUCCUCAAGGCAGAAACAGGUCGAUCGCCUGUCAUUGAUGUUGGGACGGUUGGUUUAAUUAAGAAUGGCACUAUCAAAGUGCUUGGAAAUAUUUCCAAAAUCAAGGGCAACAUAGUUGAAUUUGAAGGCAGGAAAGAAAGCGCUUUUGAUGCCAUUGUGUUUGCAACCGGAUAUAAAAGCACCGCCAAUAUGUGGCUUAAGAAUGGGGAAAGUAUGUUGAAUAAUGAUGGAUUGCCUAUGAAAGAAUUCCCAAAUCAUUGGAAGGGUGCAAAUGGGCUCUAUUGUGCUGGUUUGGCGAAGAGAGGCCUGGCUGGUAUUGCCAUGGAUGCCAAGAAUAUUGCCAAUGACAUCUCGUCGAACUACCAUGCAUAA